CGACAGAUCUAUCUGUAGCAGUUCUUACUCAGAAUAGGAUCAAACUUUAUGGUUGCCGUAUAGGUACAAGUUUCUUUCUAUCCUCUCUGUUGACGAGGAAAAUACAGUCAUCCAAGCAAACAGGGGAGAUUGAAAUUCUCCUUAAAUAAACAAGGGAGGCUGAGAUAAAAUGAUGUGGGUAAGGUAGGCCAAGGUAGAUCUGGAAAGAGCCCGGAAUGGAAUCAAACAAGAAAAGCUUAAGGCAAUGGCUUCUCUUGGUGUUUAACUGUGGGGCUCUGUGCAUUGGCACAACAGCAGGUCCCCUGUUACUUCGCUUCUAUUUCCUCCAUGGGGGCAGUCGCAUAUGGUUCUCUGCCUGGCUUGAAACUGGAGGGUGGCCUCUUCUCAUUAUACCCAUUUGGCUUUCUUCACGCAAUAAACAGUCCUCUGAAGGUACCCAUGUAACUCCCAGGCUUUGCCUUGCAUCCAUUGUACUGGGUAUUCUCACUGGUCUAGAUGACUUCUUUUAUGCUUGGGGGGUUUCUUAUCUCCCUGUCUCCACCUCCUCUCUGUUGAUUGCCUCUCAGCUUGGCUUCAAUGCAGUCUUUGCAUACUUCUUAGUCAAGCAGAAGUUUACAGCAUAUUCAAUCAAUGCUGUCGUCUUGCUCACCCUGGGUUCAGGCAUGUUGGCCCUGCACACCAGUAGUGACAGGCCAGAGGGAGUCACUAAGGGUCAAUAUUGGCUAGGGUUUGCUGUCACCAUUGUUGCAGCUGUUCUUUAUGGAUUCAUUCUUCCUUUGAUUGAGUUUGUCUAUAAGAAGACCACAGUCAGAAUAACAUACACUCUGGUUAUGGAGAUGCAGCUUAUAAUGUCCUUUUCAGCCACUGCUUUCUGUACAGUGGGUAUGAUUGUGAACAAGGAUUUCCCUGCUAUUGGAAGAGAGGCAAGGGCAUCUGAUGUGGGGGAGUUCAUAUAUUACAUGAUGUUGGUCUGGAAUGCAAUCUGCUGGCAGCUCUUCUUCAUUGGGGUGUUUGGUGUCAUCUUUGUGAGUACUUCUCUGUUGAGUGGUGUUUUGAUUGCUGUCUUUAUCCCUGUUACAGAGGUGCUUGCAGUGAUCUUUUACCAUGAGAAGUUCAGUGGGGAGAAGGGCAUGGCUCUGGGUUUGUCUUUGUGGGGAUUUGCAUCCUAUUUGUAUGGAGAAUAUAAGGAAUCCAAAUCACAAACAAGCAAAAUACCAGAGGAGCACCCUGCAACGCCUCAGGAAGAAGAAGAAAUGACUGAACUUGUUGUUGAAGAAGCCAAGGCUAACAAAACCCCAUGACCCACAACUUCCUUGUGAUUCUAAACAUAUACUCGCAGGUGGUUGUCAAUUUAUUGAAUUAAAAAAAGCUGGCCGAUGUUGAUUGGCAUUUGGCUCUGGUUAUUAAACAGAUCACUUAUGUUGGACCCUUGACUCUGUCAUUUUUUCCCAUAUCUCUCAUGAAUGGAAUGGUGUGGCCGACUGUUUGGCUAAGUGGGCGUCAGAGUAUAUACAGGAUUGGAAUAUUACGGAUCAGAGGCAUCUUCCCCUUGAAUUGUCUCACGAAUUGGAUCAACUUGUUGCUCGGGAUAAGGCUCAUUAGA